AUGCUUUCCAUCAACAUUCCAAAGCAUGCCACGCCCGAUCAAUACGAGUUGUCCGAAGUUCCCUCGCUGGCCGUGGAACGCCCCACCGACAUCUUGAUCAAAGUCCAUGCCGCGAGUAUCAACCCGAUAGAUGUUAAAAAAGCCUCUGGAGCAACCAAACUGGUCCUCCGGGACAGUUUUCCAUACAAAAUUGGCUAUGACUGUGCGGGUACGGUUGUCAACACCGGAUCCCAGGUAACGCGCUUCAAGGCCGGUGACGAGGUCUUUGUUCGAUUGCCAGAAUGUCACCGGGGAUCAUGGAGUGAGCUCGCAAGGUCGACUGAAGAAUUCGUGGCCUUGAAACCGAAGGGUCUUACUAUGGAAGACGCUGCCUCAAUUCCUUUGACGUCUAUGACGCCACUGCAGGCACUCGGGGUUAUGAAGGCGAUCUCGAAGGAAAAACUGUUUUUAUACCUGCUGGGCGUAGGUUUCUCUCAAAUUCCACUAUUACAGAUUGGAUGCUUACCUUGUCACAGUGGGUGGAACUGGCCUUUUCGCAUGUCAGCUAGCAAAAAAUAUUUUCAAAGCUGGCAAAGUGAUCACCACCGUUUCCACCGCCAAAGUGCCCAAGGUGAGGGAGUUGUGGACGAAAUCAUCGACUAUACAAAGUCGGACCCCAAGGCUGUUAUUCCUCCGAAAUCCGUCGAUUUUAUUUUCGACACCACAAGUAGUGCGAUGGCGUAUCUAUCACUAAUGCGACCAAACGGAGCCAUCGUUACAGUGUCUAUACUCACAUCGGGAGACGUUCUCCAAAACUCCAGCGUUAUGCGACGAUCGCCAGACAAGCAAGACAAGGCAACCGUGCCCUUCCCUAUCCGUAUUAGCUUGAACGCGAUGGAUCGAAUCCGAGUGGCUCGUGCAUCUCGCUAUGGGGUCAAAUACUCAUCUAUCUUUUUGGAACCAAAUGCGAUCGAUCUGGACUCGAUUCGGCAAUGGGUGGAAGCGGGAAAGUUGAGUACGAUUGUGGGAACAAGGUUAGACUUCAAGGAUAUUGAGGCUGUUCGGAAUGCAUCUCAAGUGGUCUUUGAUGGGAGAGGGGGCGUUGGAAAAUCUGUGAUUGUGUUUGUCUAG